CCCGGAAUUUCCCGGGAUCGGGAAGAGGUUCUCGGAGUUCCCGGGAUCGGGAAGAGGAUCCCGGAGUUCCCCGGGAUCGGGAAGAGGAUCCCGGAGUUCCCGGGAUCGGGAAGAGGAUCUCGGAGUUCCCGGGAUCGGGAAGAGGUUCUCGGAGUUCCCGGGAUCGGGAAGAGGAUCCCGGAGUUCCCGGGAUCGGGAAGAGGAUCUCGGAGUUCCCCGGACAGCGGAGCCCGACACGAGGAUCGGGAUUGGGAUCGGGAUCGGGACCAUGGACACGUUCCAGUCUCCCACCGUCUCUUCCCGCCGGGACAAAGCGGAUUCCGGCCCCGUGUCCCUGACCAUCCCGGCCUCUCCCUUCAUGCAGAAGUUGGGAUUUGGCACCGGAGUCAGCGUGUACCUGAUGAAAAGGUCUCCGCGGGGAUUAUCCCGGUCUCCGUGGGCCGUGAAGAAAAUCAAUUCUGGCUGUUCCCAGAGCCAGCGGAGCCUCUUCCAACAGAGACUCCGGGAAGAGGCCCAGACCCUCCGGAAUCUGCAGCAUCCCAACAUCGUCGGGUACCGGGCUCUGACGGAGGCUCCGGACGGGAGCCUGUGCCUGGCCAUGGAAUUUGGGGGGGAGAAAUCCCUGAACGACCUGAUCGAGGAACGCCGGGAGCAGGGUCUGGGAGCAUUCCCGGCUCCCACCAUCCUGCACGUGGCCCUGAGCAUGGCCAGGGGUCUCCAGUACCUGCACACGGAGCAGCGCCUGCUCCACGGGGACAUCAAAUCCCCCAACGUGGUCGUGCGCGGCGCCUUCGACUCCGUGAAAAUCUGCGACGUCGGAGUCUCCCUGCCCCUGGAUGAGAACCUGGCAGUGAGCGAUCCCGAGCUGUGCUACGUGGGCACGGAGCCCUGGAAGCCUCCGGAGGCGCUGGAGCCACACGGGAUCAUCUCGGACAGAUCCGACAUUUUCCCGUUCGGACUCACCCUGUGGGAGAUGCUGUCCCUCAGCAUCCCGCACCUGCCCCUGUCCCAGAGCGGAUCCGAAGAGGAUUCGUUUUCCGAGGAAUCCUUCGACGAGGAUUCCUACUACGCGGCUCUGGGCACGCGGCCGGCGCUGCCCCCGGAGGCGCUGGAUCCAUCCCAGGGAUCCGUGCGGGAAUUGUUCGGGGUCUGCACUUCCCGCGAUCCCGGACAGCGCCCGGCGGCCGCGCAGAUCGUCCGGGCCCUGGAGUCCGACCCGCAGCCCUGAACGGACACGGAAUUCCUGCUCACCCCUCUGGAAUUCCCGGGAUUCCUGGAGCCCCGCGUGCUCCCCGGGUUUUCCUAGCGCUUGGUGUUCCUCCCUCGCUCCUGGAAUUCCAGAGGUUGAUGUUCCUGCACUUCCAGCGGGAUGGGGGCGCUGGAGCCCUGGCAUUCCCACAGUUCCCAGAGCCACGACAUUCCCAGAUUCCCGGAGCCCUGAGCUUCCUGCAAUUCCCAGAACUUGACAUUCCCAGAAUUCCAGAGCCUGGCAUUCCCAGAUUUCCAUCAGGACGUGGCUCCGGAGCCGUUCCCGUUUCUCUGGAACAGCUGGAAUUUCGUCCGUCCUAUCCCAAUUUUUUUUUGGGACGGAUUUUCCCUCUCUGGAGUUGGAAUUCCCUGCAUUGUGCAGUUGGAUUCUCCCACUUUUCCAGGUAGGAUUUUCCCAAAUUUUCAGGUUGGAUUUUCCCAGGUUUGGGACUGGGUUUUCCCUCUGUUCUGGGUCGGAAUUUCCUUAUUUUAAGUUGGAUUCUCCCACUUUUCCAGGUAGGAUUUUCCCAAAUUUUCAGGUUGGAUUUUCCCAGGUUUGGGACUGGGUUUUCCCUCUGUUCUGGGUCGGAAUUUCCUUAUUUUAAGUUGGAUUUUCCGUCUUUUAGGUCAGAUUUUUCCUUCCUUUUCGAGUUGGAUUUUCCCCUUUUUUUUUUUUUUUUUUUUUUGUGUGUGUGUUUCUGGACUGGAAUUUCCUGAGUUUUCCCAUUGGAUUUUCCACUGGGAAUCCAGUUUCCCACAUUUUCCACUGGGAAUCCAAUUCCCAUUGGAUUUUCCCACUUCUUGGGUCCAACUUUCCCUCUUUCUUAUUUUUGAGUUGGAUUUUCCCUCUUUUCCCAGGUGGGAUUUUUCCCUCAUUUUAGGUUGGAUUUCCUUCAUUUUCCCACUCUUUGGGAUCUGCAUUUUCCCAAUUUUCCGGCUGAACUUUCCCGCUUUGGAGUUGGAAUUUCCACUUCUGUUUUUGUUGGAAUUUCCUUCAUUUUGGAGUUGGGUUUUCCCUCUCUUCCAGGUGGGAUUUUCCCUCUUUUUUUUAGGACUGACUCUCCCAGUUUUCAGGCUGGAUUCUCCCAGUUUUGGGAUUGGAUUUUCCCUCUUUUUUUUUUUUUUUUUUGGGCUGGAAUUUCCCUCUUUUCAGGUUGGAUUCCCCAUCCCCCCCCCCCCCCACCCCCACCCCUUUUUUCAUCUUGAAUUUUUCCCUCUUUCCAGGUCGGAAUUUCCUUAAUUUUUGAGUUAGAUUUUCCCAAGUUUUUCCCUCAGGAAUGUUCCCAAUAAAUGGAUUUGUUUUCCCCCUC